AUGUCUCUCAAGCUGCCACGGAACUGGGAUUUCAACCUGAAAGUGGAUAUGUCCAAAAUAGUUCGCUCCCAGAGCAUGAUGGCUGUCGACCCGAAGGGUUCCUGCAACUGGUCCUAUUCUCUCAACCCUCCGGAGCGGCCUCUGAAAACGGGCUGGUUGAAGAAACAGCGCUCCAUCGUCAAGAACUGGCAGCAGAGGUACUUCGUGUUGAAAGGGCAACACCUGUCUUACUACAAGGAUGAGGACGAUGGCAAACUCCAGGGUGUGAUCCGUCUUCAUGGCAGUACAAUCAAGGAGGUUGCCGGCACCUCUGACGAGGGAGGGAGAUUUAUCUUUGAGAUAAUCCCAGGGAUCUCUAGAGACCAGAAUCGAACAGGGCAAGACUCUUAUCUACUGAUGGCCAGUUCUCAGUCAGAAAUGGAAGACUGGGUGAAAUUGCUCCGAAGAGUGGCAGGGUCCCCUCUGGGAGUGGUUUUUGGUCAACAGCUGGUGGAGACCAUGGUGUAUGAACAGAGGUUUGGGCAGCAUCAGGUUCCCAUUCUGGUUGAGAAAUGCGCUGAGUUCAUAAGGAAGCAUGGUCUCAAUGAAGAGGGCAUCUUCCGACUUCCUGGCCAAGACAACCUAGUGAAACAACUGAGGGAUGCGUUUGAUGCUGGAGAGAGGCCAUCGUUUGACCGCGAUACAGAUGUACACACGGUGGCGUCCUUGUUUAAGCUCUACCUAAGGGAGCUUCCUGAGCCAGUCAUACCAUGGACCCAGUAUGAGGACUUCCUCUUGUGUGGCCAGCUUUCAACUGCAGAUGAGACAAAGGGGCGUCAGCAGCUAAUGAAGCAGUUGCCUCUCUUACCACGAGACAAUUACAACCUUCUCAGUUAUAUUUGCCGAUUCCUGUAUGAAAUCCAGCAGAAUGCCAGUACCAACAAGAUGAGUGUGGAGAAUCUGGCAACAGUGUUUGGCGUGAACCUCAUCAGACCAAAGAUGGAGGAUCCAGCAACUAUCAUGAGAGGCACUCACCAUAUCCAGAAAGUGAUGACUGUGAUGAUCAGUGACCACAUGACACUAUUUCCGGUGUCUAAAGAUGUGGUUCCUUCUCCACCCCUCCAGAAGAGUGAUUCCCAGAAGGCCCCAGUGCCUCGCAGUUCAGUAGGCUGGGGUGCUGUAGAAAGGCCUCUGUCACCCAGAGGAGAGAACAGAACCCAGUGGCAAGCAGUGAGUGUUCAGAAAGAUGACGUAGACGCUUCCAGCUCUGAAUUAAAUUGUAGUUCGGAUCCAUCAGCAGAAGAUAAUGGGGAGCUGCAGCUUCUGGGAAUGUGCGCGACGCAGUCUCGGAAAAGAACUCAGACCCUUCCAAAUAGGAAGUAUUUUGUGAAUGUUCUUUCCAACAAAGGGAAGCAAAGUGAACUUUUUAGUAGUUACUUUGGGUCCCCUUCUUCAGAGGUCCAGUCCAGUCCUGUUUCUUCAACAGGAGGUCAUAAAAGGACCUUGUCAGAUGGGCUUUCUAAGCUCCUCACUCUUCCAAAAAUCUUGAACUCUGACAACUCCUGUGGUUCCCUGGAGGCAUCUGAAAAGCAGACUCAAGAGAGCUCUUUGGCCGUAUCUGCUGAUACUUCACAAAAGGGUCUGCUAACUGAUCCUGGGCAAAACGGGGACACAGUUCCAAAACCCAGUGCUGAGGGUGAGAACUCCCUUCCUGAGGAGGCCCUCGAGCCCCUGAGGAAAAUGAUUGUGGAGCUGAAACGGGAGAUGGAGGUACAGAAAAAAGAUUAUGAGGAGCGAAUUAACAGCCUCGAGAAGGAAAACUAUGAGGUUUGGGCCAAAGUGGUACGGCUAAACAGAGAGAUUGAAAAAGAAAAGGAUAAAUCUGCAGAUCUGGAGCGUAAGCUUCAGGCUAUCGAGUGUUCUCGAGAUGAUAUUGAGAACAAGAACAAACUUCUAGAACAGGAGAUCCUGGACUCCAUAAAAUCCAUGAACCAGCAAGGAACAGAAAGUGAAUAG